AUGCCGGACAGAAGAACCAAAUCGGUUGAUAAAGUCGGUAAAUUACCACCUGUCGUCUCCCAACAAUCGAGGCAAAGUGCUGAGGCAAUUCGAAAGGCGUAUAGCCGUCCAAAAACGGCGUUGAAGAACUCAAGACCGAUGACAACUCAGUAUUCGCUGGCCGGAUUAUCGAAUUAUCAAAACGGCAAAUUUGUCGAUAUUGGAAAACGAGGAACAACUAGUGCGAUAAAGCGUUCGCAGUCCGAGUCGCGAAGCUUGGUAAAAUCGGUCUACGGCAGAUCACCUAGUCGCGAACGAAUUGACGACUUGAGAGAUGAAUUAUUCGACACAAAGAAGAAAAUGGCGGCCAUUGAAAACGAAAAAAAAGUGCUGCACACUCAAAUGCAGCGGCUCAUGAGGGAUUCCGAAAAACGAGAGAAAUAUUUACAACGUCUUGUGACCUCGAAGUUUCAACCCGCCGAGCUGAAUGACACACAUAUGGCACGGACUUUAACAGCGAUAAGGCGAAAUGAAAUGGCGAAGGAACAAAUUAUUCAAGUGCAAUCAAAAGAAUUGGAGCUUGCAAAACAAUACGCUGAACAGAAUUCGCAGCUUAAAUUGAGGCUGAAAAACAUCAAAGAUAGCUAUAUUGAAAUACAAGAAAAAGCGAAAAAACGGGAGGAAGAAAUGAAGCGGGUAUUACAGCAGGCGAAAAAGGAAGCUGAGAGCAGAAGUCAAGAGGCUGUGCAAGCACUGCAGAAAGAGAAAAAAGAGCUUUUCGAAGAGAAUAUGAGAAACCUGGAAAAAUAUGAUGCGAUCAGUAUUGAAUUGCAAGAGGCUUAUAAAGAACUAUCCUUACUAAGAACUGAGAAUGACAGUCUCCAGGCGGUAAUCCAGGAGCUUCAGAGCCAGCUGGAAGAAAAACAACACGAGAAACAUCGUGAAAAUCAUGUGGAAAUACCGAAGCUUGACAUGACUCGAAUGGAUAGCACAACUAGUCCGAAUCCAUCGGCUGGAUCAUACAUCGAUAUGUCUGAAAUAGAUUCACAAUCAAUUGCUAACGCAAUUGGAGAAAUUGUUGGCGCACACGUUGAAAGAAAACAUCGCAUGGAGAAAUCAUUGUGA